UUUGUUACUGAUGUAAUUUCUUUGCAGGAAUUGGUGGAAAUAGAAUGCAAAAUAUGGAAAGGCAGGGGGUUGAACAUAAAGUAUGAGGUUAGAAACAACAGGAAAGGGUACAAAGCUGGCGCCCUGAAAGAAGGAAUGAUACAUGAUUAUGUAAAAGACUGCGAUUAUGUCGCCAUGUUUGAUGCUGAUUUCCAGCCAGAGUCUGAUUUCCUGAAACGAACGGUUCCCUUUCUCAUUCAUAAUCCAGAGAUUGCUCUUGUUCAAACUCGAUGGACGUUUGUGAAUGCUGAUGAAUGUAUGAUGACGAGAAUGCAAGAGAUGUCAUUAGAUUAUCACUUCAAGGUUGAGCAGGAGGCCGGCUCAUCUGCAUUUUCCUUCUUCGGUUUUAAUGGGACUGCUGGUGUUUGGCGCAUAUCAACCAUUGCUGAUGCCGGAGGAUGGAAGGAUAGAACCACAGUUGAAGACAUGGAUUUGGCGGUCCGUUCCGGCCUUGCUGGUUGGAAGUUUGUGUAUGUUGGUGAUGUCAAGGUGAAAUGUGAAUUACCAAGUACAUUCAAUGCCUAUCGGUAUCAGCAACAUCGAUGGUCUUGUGGACCUGCAAAUCUUUUCAAGAAGAUGGCAAUGGAGAUAAUAACAAACAAGAAGGUUUCGAUAGGGAAAAAAUUCCACUUGAUAUACAGCUUCUUCUUCGUUGGAAAGAUUGUAUCUCAUGUAUGCACGUACGUAUUCUACUGCGUUGUGAUUCCACUCUCUGUUCUGAUUCCUGAGGUUGAGGUUCCAUUGUGGGGUGUUGUACAUGUCCCUACAAUUAUUACGCUAUUAAAAUCAGUGGGCACUCCAAGCUCAUUCCACCUUGUAAUCCUCUGGGUGCUCUUUGAAAAUGUAAUGUCAUUGCAUCGGAUAAAGGCGGCUACUAUUGGUAUUUUAGAGGUCGGCCGGGUUAAUGAAUGGAUUGUUACAAGAAAGUUAGGUGAUGCUACCAAGACGAAGCCAUCCAUGGAAGUCAUAGUUCAGGAAUCACAGGAUUUAGUACAAGUUACGGUUAAAGAGCCUCUUCUUGUCGAAUACAAGAAUCCUCAAAUCAGGAUUUGGCAAAGAUUUCAUGGGGCAGAGCUAUGGAUGGGUGCCUUCCUAUUUAUGGUUGCCUUCUAUGACGUUACCUGCAUCAAAAAAGGAUAUUUUGUUUACCUCUUUCUGCAGUCAGCCGCAUUCUUCAUUAUAGGUUUUGAUUACAUUGGCACAACCGUUAAAAAUUGUUGAUGAAAGCGAUUCAGGUCUUCAUCUCUGCUCAGCAUUGUUUUUUUCAUUCUUAGAUGCAGCAUUAUUAUUGUCAUUAACAUUUUUUGCCUGAUGUGGGGGAUUCAAAGAAGGCCAGUGCUUGACAGAAUAAAUAAGGAGCUGAUUAUUUUUAUUUUAUUUAGAGGAAAAAUGCAGUAUAAAUGGACCCUUAUCAGAUGCUAAUAUCAGCUGAUUUCAUUGAGAUGUAUGCCCAAUUGGCUUGCAACAAUUAAGUGGAAUGUAUUCUUGAAGCUGUUUUUGCA